UCAUCACAUUCAGUUCGACUCCUUCAGACAACGAUGUCGACCAAAACGGUAGUCUUGUGUGCCCUUUUGGCAGUCACGGCGACAAUUCCUCGAGGGGUUCUCUCUGACCCAGCAAGAUUAUACCAACCUCCUGCAGUAGGCGGAUCUGGGUUCCCCUCAGGAGGAGCUGGAGUUUCUUCUAGCGGAGGAUUCGGAGGUCCCGGUGGUUUUGGGGCGUCUUCUGGUGCACAUGGAGGAUCAGGAAGUGGAGGAUUCGGUGGUUCAUCUGGAGCAGGAUUUGGUGGUUCGUCAUCUGCAGGAGGAUUUGGCAGCGGUGCUUUGAGUGGAGGUUUUGGCAGUUCUGGUGGUUCCUCUGGUGGUCUUGGUGGGGUUGGCAGUGGAGGCUUUGGAGGUUCUGCAGGAAGUGGCUUUGGUGCCUCAGGAUCUGGUUUUGGAGGUUCUGCAGGAUCCGGUGCUGCUGGAUUUGGAGGUUCUCCUGCCGGUGGUUUUGGUGGAUCAGCUUCAGGAGGCUUUGGCGGAAGUUCCUCUGGAGGUUUUGGUGGUUCAAGUGGAUCAUUUGGAGGAUCUCGACCUUCAGGAUCAUCUGUUGGAGGAGGAUUUGGAGUGUCUGGAUCUGCUGGUGGUUACCAAGGUCCCUCUGCUCCUGUUGUACCUAUUCUUGUUGACGAACGUGAUGGUCCACACGCUGACGGUUUCUUACGCUUCAACUUCGAAACUGGAAAUGGCAUCAGCCGUCAAGAACAAGGAUACCCACAGGGUGUUACUGGAGCUGUGGCACAGCAAGGGGCAUGGUCAUUCACAUUCCCAGACGGUACCCCAGCUAACUUCCAGUUUGUUGCCGAUGGAUCUGGUUUCAAUGUACAAUCAGACCUUCUGCCAACUCCUCCUCCUCUUCCACCUCAUGCCAUCGCUCAGAUUGAGAAGGCAGCUCUAGAGGAUGCUGCUGCCAGUGCUGCCGGAGCUCAGGGAGCUUACGGUGGAAGUUCCCAAUCUGGAUCAGGAUCUCAGUUUUCUGGAAGUGGAUCUCAAUUCUCUGGAUCUGGUUCCCAAUUCUCUGGAACUGGAUCUGGCUCAGGAGCAGGCUUUGGAUCUGGAGUAGGAUCUGGCUCAGGAGCUGGUUUUGGAUCUGGAGUAGGAUCUGGCUCAGGAGCUGGUUUUGGAUCUGGAGUAGGAUCUGGCUUUGGUUCUGGAGUAGGAUCUGGCUCUGGAGCUGGGUUUGGUUCUGGUGCUGUCUUAAGCUCUGGAGCAGGCUUCGGCUCCGGGUCUCAAUUGUCUGGUGCUGGAUUUGGCUCUGGAUCUCAACUGUCUGGUGCUGGAUUUGGCUCUGGAUCCCAGUUAUCUGGGUCUGGAUUUGGCUCCAGACCAGUACCACAGACUCCAAGCAGAACCUACGGUUUACCUUGAACACACUCAAGAACCUAUUCAGCACGACCCACCUGAUGUGUGAUGUUCCACUUAUUAAAAGGAUCUAUCAUUCAUAAUGCAUAAGUUUGAAUUUUUCAGAUGAUGUAGGACUCAGUAAGUGUUGUCAUCAUGUGUCACUGAUGAUUGUUGCAUGUGAAUUACUGACUGAAUUGUCCAUUUCUCAGAUGGACCACUGAAUUUCAAGGUGCUUAAUUGUUCCAACAUUCACUUGGGUAAUGGACCUGUUAUUGAUUCCACGGUGACAAAAAUACGCUUAGUAGUUGUAGUUAUUGUUAACGAUCAAAUAUAAAUUUUGAUAAAA